AUGGGUCCAAGAAGAGGUGUUGAUGAUCACCAUGCUCCAAUUCACCACAGUUCAGCUAAAGAUAUGCCAUCCGAGAAUGAUCUGGCGUUGAAAUACCCAGACCAUGGUUCUUUCCAUCAUCUUGCCACGGCAUCCAGCAGUAGUACCAAUGCAAACUCCCCGUGGCUGGGUCUUGCCAUUGCUGGGACCACCAUUGUGGGAACUCUGGUUUUGACGGCUCCCUUUGUCCUGCAGUAUAUCCGAUCGCCACUCCCCUACAUGGCAACUCCAAAGGACAAGGUGAAGAGAGCAUUGGACUAUGUGGCCAAUCGAAGACCACGACUGACGCCAACGAGAAAACGUCAUUUUGUGGACAUGGGAAGUGGAGAUGGAGAAGCCGUUUACCAAGCCUUGCAACAAAAGAAACAAGAAACGAUGCUGUAUGACUCUGCCACGGGUAUUGAACUCAAUUCUACCUUGUGGGGAUUGGCACAUGCUCGUCGUAUCUUGUUUUGGACACGUGCAGAACGGAUAAGAUCCUCGUUCCUCUUGCAAGAUAUGUUUGCCUUUCAUUUACAACAUGCCGACACGGUCAUGAUCUUUGGUGUCAAGCCACUCAUGGAACCCAUCAGUCAAAAGCUUGCGGCAGAACUUCAGGAUGGAACACUAGUUCUAGCCUAUCGAUUUCCAAUCCCACUGGCAGCCAAUGAAGAUUCGGAAGAAAAAGACCAUGUUGGCCACUUGGAAAAGAGCACGUCAACCACUACCACUACUUCAAUAGACGAAAAAUCCAGACAAGCUAGGUUGCUCACGGCAGACUUGGUCUAUGAAGAGGAAGAGAUGAGGGUCUACGAGGUGAAGACGGCCACGGAAGAUUCUUCCGACUUCCCCCAUCCCAAAGAGUCCGUGGAACAAAGAUGA